AUGAACUACGAUAUGGAAGAUACUCAGAACUCAGCGCCUGGCAGUUUGCCACCUAGCCAAGCGACGAAACUCGCACCACGGAAAGGACCAGAUGCUCAUAGCACGACAAAACGGUCCGUCAUCAUCUCCUUGCCCGCAUUGCCAUUACAGACCGAGCUCAUGCAACUCAUGACAUCCUCCGCCCCAGGCAUCUCCGCCUUCCCCUCCGCAGAUGGCAACCUUCUCUCCUGGACGGCAACAAUCGAAGGACCAGACGAUACGCCCUACGCAAACCUCACAUUCAAGCUCUCGUUCGCCUUCCCCUCCAAUUACCCCUAUGCUCCUCCUACCGUGCUCUUCAAGACGCCGAUUUACCACCCGAAUGUCGACUUCUCGGGUCGGAUUUGCUUAGAUAUUUUGAAGGAUAAGUGGACUGCAGCGUAUAAUAUCCAGACCGUGCUGCUAAGUUUGCAGAGCUUGUUGGGGGAACCAAAUAAUGCAUCACCGCUAAAUGGCGAGGCGGCGGAGUUGUGGGAUAAGGAUAUGGAGGACUUCAAGAAGAAGGUAUUGAGUCGACACCGUGACGUUGAUGAUGAAUAA